AUGGGUAAUCAAUCCAUAGAGCACCCUGGUGCACAGAAUUACACGACGGAAGCGCUUCUUGGAGCGAGGAAAGCGAGUACCCGAUUUAAGAUACUUGGAGGAUACGGUUCCGCGAACACUACUCGCGAGACGGACAGAUCAAGACGGGGCCCGGAAGCCGUGAGGAGCUUGUCUGCAUUUGCACAGGUUCUGAGCGUCAAAAUGGACUUGUUUGCGACUGCAGGUUUCGGAACCUGGCUGAGUGGGCGUUGCAUGGGCCGUCCGAUGGCGGGACUUGCAAUCGGCGGCGACGACAACGUUGUGUAUGGAGGGCGGGGUCGGCCUGCCGACGACGGAGGAGGGGCGACGAUCAACUUGGUCGCCGAGAGACGCGAGUGGCGAUCGUCGACGGAACAGAUCUGGAGCUGUGUCUGCAACGGGCUCGGAGCACGGGCGAUAGGACGGGCGGGACGAAGAAGCAACGAAUCCCGAGAACAGGCAGGUCUCCCAUCAGCACAGCCUGGAGGAUGUCGUCGCCGGGGAGGACAGCCACCGCACCGCUUCAAUAGCCUCUCCAACUCGCUCGCGUGGCGGUCACCGCAAUUUCCGCCAGCCGCUUGA